GCAGUGGCGGUGGCCACGGCGGAGGCACUGCUUUUGGCCGCUACCUGGGCCCGUUGGGCCGCCCGCCCCCCGCUCCCCGGGCCGUAGUCGCCCCCGCGCUCCAGUGCUCGGCGCGAAGCCCUGGCCCUGGCGGCUGGGGCAUGGGCCAGGGGCGCGGGGUCAGGCGGCUUCCCGUGGGGCCCCGACCUGCACCGGCUUCGCCAUGAAGACCCUCAUAGCUGCCUACUCCGGGGUCCUGCGAGGCACCGGCUCCAGCAUCCUCUCGGCCCUGCAGGACCUGUCCGCCAUCACCUGGCUCAAUAGGUCCAAGGUAGAAAAGCAGCUACAGGUCAUCUCCGUGCUGCAGUGGGUCCUGUCGUUCCUCGUGCUGGGAGUGGCCUGCAGCGUCAUCCUCAUGUACCUGAUCUGCACCGACUGCUGGCUCAUCACCGCGCUCUACUUCACUUGGCUGGCGUUUGACUGGAACACGCCCAAGAAAGGUGGCCGGAGGUCACAGUGGGUCCGAAACUGGGCUGUUUGGCGCUACUUUCGAGACUACUUUCCCAUCCAGCUGGUGAAGACACACAACCUGCUCACCACCCGGAACUACAUCUUUGGGUACCACCCCCACGGCAUCAUGGGCCUGGGGGCCUUCUGCAACUUCAGCACGGAGGCCACCGAAGUGAGCAAGAAGUUCCCUGGCAUAAGGCCCUACCUGGCCACGCUGGCUGGCAACUUCCGGAUGCCCGUGCUACGGGAGUACCUGAUGUCUGGAGGCAUCUGCCCUGUGAACCGGGACACCAUAGACUACCUGCUUUCAAAGAAUGGGAGUGGCAAUGCCAUCAUCAUCGUGGUGGGUGGUGCAGCCGAGUCCCUGAGCUCCAUGCCCGGCAAGAACGCAGUCACCCUGCGCAACCGCAAGGGCUUCGUGAAACUGGCCCUGCGCCACGGAGCCGACCUGGUUCCCACCUACUCCUUCGGGGAGAACGAGGUGUACCAGCAGGUGAUCUUUGAGGAGGGCUCCUGGGGCCGAUGGGUCCAGAAGAAGUUCCAGAAGUACAUUGGCUUCGCCCCCUGCAUCUUCCACGGCCGAGGCCUCUUCUCCUCCGACACCUGGGGGCUCAUGCCCUACUCCAAGCCCAUCACCACUGUCGUGGGUGAACCCAUCACCAUCCCGAAGCUGGAGCACCCGACCCAGCAGGACAUUGACCUCUACCAUGCCAUGUACACGGAGGCGCUGGUGAAGCUCUUCAACCAGCACAAGACCAAGUUCGGCCUCCCGGAGACCGAGGUCCUGGAGGUGAACUGAGCCCGUCCGUCCAUCUGUCCAUCCGCAGGGGCCAGCUUCCGGGAGGAAUUGGCUGCAAAUCAUUUUCUACCAAGAUCUCGAGUGCUUUUUGUGCUGUAAAUUUGGAAGCAUCCUGGGUGUCUGUGGGUUAUUUAAAAGAAAUUAUAAUAAUUUUGUUAAACCAUUA